AUGCCUCCUCUUCAGUUUAUCUACGAAACCACAAUGGCAAGCAUAGAAGAGAUCAUUGAUAGGAAUAUCAGCGAUGAAACCGCCAGAAGUGAAGUUCAGAGAAUUCUCUACGGUGGAUGGUUGAAUAAACUAGAGCUGCCCUUCCAAACCUGUCAAGCGGGUGGGAGCACAGCAAAAGUAGCCGGAUAUGCAUUUAAAAAAGCUGAUGAACAACUUCGAGCCCCAAGAAUUGUCAGAAUUGGAGCUAUUCAACACAAAAUUGCUCUUCCACCUACAUCUCCAGUAAGUGAUCAAAUUGCUGCCGCGCAUAAGAAGAUUGGAGAUAUGAUCGAUGCCGCAGGAGCUUGUGGUGUUAAUGUCCUCUGUAUGCAAGAAGCUUGGACUAUGCCAUUCGCGUUCUGCAGUCGAGAACGCGUACCAUGGUGCGAGUUCGCGGAAUCGGCUGAGAAUGGUCCAACGACCAAAUUCCUCUCUCAAUAUGCUAAAAAGUAUGCCAUGGUGAUCAUUUCGCCCAUCUUGGAAAGGGAUCUUGAAUUUGGCGAGGUCCUUUGGAAUACUGCUGUUGUGAUUGAUCAGAAUGGGAAAUUCUUGGGAAAAUCAAGAAAGAACCACAUUCCACGUGUUGGAGACUUCAAUGAGUCCACUUAUUAUAUGGAAAGCAAUCUUGGUCACCCUGUGUUCGAUACCAUCUACGGUAAAAUUGCAAUUAACAUUUGCUACGGGCGCCAUCAUCCACAAAAUUGGAUGAUGUAUGGACUCAACGGCGCCGAAAUUGUCUUCAACCCCAGCGCCACCAUUGAUGGUCUGAGUACUCGUAGAAUGCUUGUGGCUACUUAA